UUUGCAGAUUAUAUUUUUUUUUUACAAAUAUGUCACUGGCUGGUAUUAGAGUUUUGGAAAUGGCCGGGUUGGCCCCGGCUCCAAUGGCAGGCAUGAUGCUGUCUGAUUUUGGUGCUAAAGUGAUCAGAGUUGAUAGAACAAAGCAAUUAAUGACAGUGGAUCGACUAGCUAGAGGCAAACAGUCCAUCGCCGUAGAUAUGAAGUCUGCAGAUGGACUGGAUAUUGUUAAACGACUAAGCAUGAAAUCAGAUGUUUUGAUUGACUCUUAUAGACCAGGUGUGAUGGAAAAAAUGGGUUUAGGACCAAAACCUUUGAUGACAGACAAUAGAGCUUUAUCCACGAUGAAACGGUUUGGUGGAAAACCAACCCCGCCUAUAAAUGUACUGGCUGACUUUGCUGGUGGUGGAUUGUUAUGCACGAUGGGAAUUCUAAUGGCUUUGAUACAGAGGCAGCAGACAGGACGUGGUCAGGUGGUUGACGCAAGUAUGACUGAAGGUGCUGCAUACGUAUCCAGUUGGUUAUGGCGUUCCCAUGAUCUACAGUUAGCCUGGCCAACUAAAAUUCCAGGUAGAAAUCUACUAGACACCGGAGCGCCAUUUUAUGACACAUACGAAACAAAAGAUGGUAAAUACAUGGCGGUUGGAUCAAUAGAACCUCAGUUCUAUGCCCUCCUGUUAAAAGGCCUUGGUCUCACAGAAGAUCAGAUGCCAGGCACACAGCUCGAUAUUAAAAAAUGGCCUGCAAUGAAAGAUAAAUUAACAGAAGUUUUUUCCGAGAAGACGCAAUCUGAAUGGUGCCAAGUAUUUGAUGGCACUGAUGCGUGUGUCACUCCAGUCUUGUCUCUAGAUGAAGCUACACAAAACCCACACAACACUGCAAGAGAAGCCUUCGUUCCGAGUCAUAGUGGAAAACUUGAACCCAGGCCAGCGCCUUUGUUGUCAGAUACACCAGCAGUUCACCAGUCAAUGCCUGAUCCAGUAAUUGGUCAGCAUACUGAAGAAGUUCUUCGAGAUGCUGACUUUACUGAGAAUGAAAUCAAGAGAUUUAUUGAGAAAGAUGUUGUGGAAGUGAGUGGGAAAUAGUCAACUUCAAAGAAAAGAAGUCUGUGGAAUUCACAACAUAGUGACCUCAAAAUGAAUGGUUUUACCUUAUUGUCUUUGAAACAAAAGACAAGUACCCUUAGUGAAAAUAUUUUAAACUUUCAACACGGAUGCCUAUAAUACAGAAUCAACUAUAUCUGAGCAGAAGUGAAUCAAUGCAGAUCGAUAUAAUAGCUUUGCAACCAGAAGACACCUUUACAUCACUGUAUAACAGUAUAAGGAUAUAUGUAGAAUAGGUGUAUAAAUAUUGCAUUUAUGAAAGUCCCCACAGUCAUCACCUCCUGUUCGAUGUGGGUUUCAUAUGCUGUAUGUAUGUUUACAUAAAAUUUACAUGGCGACUAUGACACUUAUAUUCAGGAACAGUUUACAUUUUUGUCAGUAUUUACCAUCAAACAAACCAUCUCCAUGAAUUAAAUGACCACAUAGAAGAGAAUUCCAGCUGAAUACUUGGUGGGGAAAUCAAAUAAUUUUAUAAUAUAAGCUACAAGGUCUAAAGAAAUGGUAAACUAAUUUUUCAAACUGUU